CAAGGCCUGCAUAUCGUACCUGAUGAAGUGAGGAACACGAAUUGAGCUCGCGCCAGCAUCGACAUCCGAGGACACACACAUCUCUACCCGCGCUCUACUAUUCAGAGCUCAAAAUGACUUCGAUCGACUUCACACACUACGAGCAGGUCUUUCAGCCUGAUCUCGAAUCGCCAUAUGCGCCAGACCUGGUACGCGAGAUAGAGUCUUACCGCAAGGGCUUCGGUGGCGUGCUCUUCGUUGACAAAGUUCUCAGCGCGUUGGGUGUCACAAAAGCCAAAUCCUAUCCCCCAAGAGGUGACAAUGCGCUCCGCGAGCUUCACCAGAAGGUCUGCCAGAGCAAGUCAGCGGCUCAACAAAAGUUAUCCGUCUUGUACUAUCUCCUCCUCGACUUUGACGAUAUACUCGGAGUGAGAUCCCGUCUCGCCGAAGAGUUUGCGGAAAAGAGUGGCGUGCCGGGGAAGUAUCAGAUCUUCAUGAAGGGUUUAUGGCACAUGGAUCGGCAACAGUUCCCGGUCGCACUCGAGUACUUGGCGCACCCCUCGCUUGUUCCCGAAUUCGCUGACGAUAUCAUUACCAUCCUGGUGCGGCAUGCGCGCGACGAUGACUUUUCCUGGGCUCUUGCCUACUACCAGACGGUCAACCCAGUCCUCAAGACUCCAGAGGCGUUGGAACUAUACUUUAUCGCCCUUGCGCGGACCAGCGUGACUGAAGCACUCCUCUACUCCCGAACACACCCAGAGUCCGCAAGGCGUCUUUUCUUCGAGCAACUCGUUGCAUCUGUACAUGACGGCCCCAGCAGCGCAGGCUUGGCAGGACCUGGAAGUAGGGAGCAAAGGGCCAGAACACUUGCCAGCCUCCCGCUCGACCGCGAUGAGGAGAGAUGGCUGGACGAAUACCUUACAGGACCAGAGGGCCGACGGCUAAAGAACGGAAGGGACACUUGGGUGAUGAGAAAGAUUGCGACUAACCGCAUGUCUGAGUUGGGCGACGAUAACCUCCGCGCCCACUUGGCAGCAUUUGGUCGGCCCAGCGCUUUCUGAUUUGUAUUCUUUCGAGGUCUUGAGGUCCUUUUGGCGAUCAGUUGUAUAUAUCACCUGUUGCAACCUUAUUGACCCUGCUGCAUAGCGACGGCGUUUGGCUCGGACGGUUCUAUCGCCUUGAAUAGGUUUUGCUUCUAUUUCCUCUCCUUUUGCAAUAUGUUGCAUCCCUUGUCAGUCUACACCGAUGCUUACCAUGUCCCGGGUAUAAGUGUCCAUCGCCGCAGUAAGUUGCAUAUUGAGAAUACCGGAGAAAACAAGCCAAUAAAAGGAAAAAGUGCUCCCCU